GUGUGGCUGAGUAAGCACCAGUUCUUCCUUUUUAGAGGAGGUGUCUGCUGUUGGCACUCUGGCCAUGAGGCCCAAGACUUUCCCAGCUGCGCCGUACGUGGGCAACACGCGGCAGCGGCUUCAGGAGAUUAAGGAGGGCCUGAAGCAGCCGGCCAAGCUGGUGAGCCAGGCCCUGCAUGGAGGAAGCUCCCGGACCGAAGGCAGCAGAGGGGCUGACUCCAAGGGCGGGAAGGACACAACCAGCCGCCAGCAGCAGCUCCGACCACCGCAGAAGUUCAACAACUACCAGAAUGCUCUGCGAGAGAUCCGCAGGUCCCUCAUGCCCUUCGCCAACGAGUCGGGGGAGGCCGGAGAGGUGAACCGACAGAUGCUGCAGGAGCUCGUCAACGCCGGCUGUGACCAGGAAAUGGCGGUGCGGGCCCUGAAGCAGACGGGCAGCAGGAAUAUCGAAGCAGCCUUAGAAUACAUCAGUAAAAUGGGUUACCUUGACCCUCACAAUGAGCUCAUUGUUCGCGUCAUCAAACAGACUUCACCAGGAAAAGCUGGCGUGCCAAACACAAUGGACCACCGGCCAACGUUAGAGGCUUCAGGUGAAGUAGGGGCCAUGCCUCCAUAUCAUCAAAUGGGGACUCCUAUGUAUGAUGGGGCGGCUGUUUAUGGCCCAGAGGGUGAGAUGACCAGACCCUAUAUGGGUGCUCCCCCUGUAAUGAACUACAUGAUGUCCCCUUCUACUGCAACACAGGGUUCUGCAAUGGGUAAUCCAAUGGGUCGACCCCCCAGCGUGGGCAGCUAUCCACCGGUGAUGCCCACGCAGAGCAACCCAGGCAACACAAUGUAUCCCCCAGUAGCUCAGCAGAAAGGUUACCCUGGCAGCAUGGAGCAGCAUGGGCCCAUGAUGAGCUAUAACGUCCCAGGCCAGCCUUUGCAGAUGCCACCACAGCCACCAGGGGUCCCAGUUCCAGGUCCACACUAUGAUUAUGGCCAUUCAAGGCACAACAUGAUGGAGCCUUCAGUGUAUGGGGUAAAGCGGACCCCCUCUUUCCAAAGCAAAAUGCAACCCCCACCCACAAUGGCUCCUCCAGACACCUACGUCAACAUGCAGGGGAAAGGGGGUAUGGGUCAGAAUGGGCCAGGAGUAGGGUACCCUACUAACUUGUACCUUACCCCUCACUCCCACCCUCGACAGGCUAGCCCCACCUCCCACCAGGUCCACAUUAUGUCCCGUUCCCCUGGUGGGGUGGCAGCCAUGGGCUCUGAUUUCUCAGAUCUACCCCAGGGAUUAAUGACAACUUCCAGGGCCAGCCUCAACCUGGACCUGUAUGACCACCACUGGGCAAGCCCUCCAGGUCCUGAAGGUGCCCCUCCAGCAAGGCAACCCCAGCCCCAGGUUCCAUUCAGAGGCGAGGUGCGUGCGCCCAGCAGAACAAACUCUUUCAACAGUCGUUCUGCAGGUCCAAAUGGUGUCCGACCUGCAAUGGCUGCACCACCUGCAGCUGGAAAACAGGAGUCCUCACUGGGCCCUCCAAACACCAUCACGGCUGUAACCUCCCCCCCCAUCCAACAGCCUGUCAAGAGUAUCAGAGUGAUGAGGCCUGAGCCCAAGACAGCUGUGGGACCAUGUCACCCUGGCUGGAUGACUGCUCAGACACAAGAUGCAACAGAAACUCUGGCCUACAUGCCAGAGGAGACGUACCCGCUAGAGCCUGCACAGGAGCCCCGCUGCCCUCCACCACCUUACCCAAAAAAUCUGCUCGUGCCCGGAGCAAGUGGAGAACCAGGGGUCCUGGAGGGGGCCUCAGCUCUCUGUGGUGCUCCAGACCUCAGCAACCCUGCUGCCAGAAAUGCACACGGUGGCAGCAGAGGGAGUGGAAAGACGGAGAACAACCAGCAGGUGAAAGAGAAGACCAAGAUGGGCAAAGGAGAGAAAGUUGUGAAGGACAAAAAACAGAUCCAGACGUCUCCUGUGCCUGUGAGGAAAAAUGGACGAGAUGAAGAAAAGAGAGAGUCCCGCAUCAAAUCCUACUCACCUUUCGCCUUCAAAUUUUACAUGGAGCAGCACAUCGAGAAUGUGAUGAAGACCUACCAGCAGAAACUCAACCGCAGGAUUCAGCUGGAGCAGGAGAUGUCCAAAGCUGGCCUGUCCCAAGCAGAGCAGGAACAAAUGAGGAAGAUGCUGAACCAAAAAGAGUCCAACUACAACAGGCUGCGCCGUGCCAAAAUGGACAAGUCCAUGUUUGUCAAAAUCAAGACCCUAGGCAUCGGUGCUUUUGGUGAAGUGUGUCUCACACGUAAAGUAGACACCGGUGCACUUUAUGCCAUGAAAACACUGCGCAAGAAAGAUGUCCUCAACCGUAAUCAGGUAGCCCAUGUGAAAGCAGAGCGAGACAUCCUGGCCGAAGCAGACAACGAGUGGGUGGUGCGUCUUUACUAUUCUUUCCAGGACCGAGACAGCCUCUACUUCGUCAUGGAUUACAUCCCUGGGGGAGAUAUGAUGAGUCUCCUCAUCCGAAUGGGGGUCUUCCCUGAGACUUUGGCUCGCUUUUAUGUGGCUGAGCUAACACUGGCCAUUGAGAGCGUCCACAAGAUGGGUUUCAUCCACCGCGACAUCAAGCCAGACAACAUCCUCAUUGACCUGGACGGGCACAUUAAGCUGACUGAUUUUGGUCUGUGUACAGGCUUCCGCUGGACACACAAUUCCAAGUAUUACCAAAAAGGGAGUCACAUUAGACAGGACAGCAUGGAGCCCAGCGACUUUUGGGAUGAUGUAUCUAACUGUCGCUGUGGCGACCGGCUGAUGACACUGGAGCAACGCGCCCACCGCCAGCACCAGCGCUGCCUGGCCCAUUCACUGGUGGGAACGCCUAAUUAUAUCGCACCUGAGGUUCUGCUGCGCAAAGGUUACACUCAGCUGUGUGACUGGUGGAGUGUGGGAGUGAUCCUGUUUGAGAUGCUGGUGGGACAGCCACCGUUCCUCGCUCCAACACCUACAGAGACUCAGAUUAAGGUCAUAAACUGGGAAAACACGCUACAGGUACCUCCACAGGUGCAGCUGAGCCCAGAGUCCAUCAACAUCAUCGGCCGUCUUUGCUGCUCUGCCGAGGACCGCCUGGGUGCCAACGGCGCUGGUGAGAUCAAGGCUCACCCCUUCUUCUCUGAGGUGGACUUCUCCAGCAAUCUGCGGCAGCAGCCAGCGCCCUACAGGCCAAAGAUCGCUCACCCCAUGGACACGUCCAACUUCGACCCAGUGGAGGAGGAAGGAGGCCCAGGAGCGUGGAGCGACAGCGAGGACAGCACCCGGGCUCUGGAUGCGCUCUGCUUUCCACACGGGAAGCACCCGGAGCACGCCUUCUAUGAGUUCACCUUCCGCAGGUUUUUUGAUGACAAUGGCUGCCCCUUCCGUUACCCGAAACCACUGGAGGCCUGCGAGGCAUUGCCAAGCAUGAGCGGAACUACCAGCAUGAGUCCAGAGGAAGAGGAGGAGGAAGAGGAAGAAGAAGAUGAAGAGGAGGAGGGAGAGCAGGGAGAGGGAUGUGAGCCGGUGUAUGUUUAGAGGCUUCCUGAGUGGCUC